ACACCUAACCCUAGCUGAAAAAAUCGAGAAAGAAAAAUUGCGGAGAGUAAAUCGAAGGAAUAAAGGAGAGAGAGAGAGGACGACUCACACUUCUUUCCUCUCCUCUUCUCCCCCGUCAAUUCGGACGAUGCGGCGGCUAUGGCGAUGGUACCAGCAGUCCCUGUCUUCCCACCCGGUGCGGACGCAGGUGGUGAGCUCCGGCAUCCUCUGGGCCCUUGGCGACAUCGGCGCACAGGCCGUCACCCACAACACCGUCAGCUCCCACCACCACGCCAAGAAUCCCGAGGAUAAAGAUAAAGAGUUCAAAAUUGAUUGGAAGAGGGUUGGCAUCACAAGUUCAUUUGGCUUUGCUUUUGUUGGACCAGUUGGACAUUACUGGUACGAAUACUUGGAUCAUUUGGUCCGACGGAGAUAUCUACCUGGCUCGUUCAAGUUUGUUGCCUCAAAAGUUGCAGCGGAUGGUCUCCUCUUUGGACCACUAGAUCUUGGGCUGUUCUUCUCCUAUGUGGGUCUUGCUUCAGGAAGGAGUCUAGAGCAGGUGAAGGAAGAUGUGAAAAGGGAUUUCAUUCCUGCUCUAGCUUUAGGGGGAACCAUCUGGCCUGCAGUGCAAAUUGCAAACUUCCGCUUCAUCCCCGUGCGAUACCAACUGCUGUACGUGAACUUUUUCUGCCUGUUAGACAGCUGUUUCUUGUCGUGGAUCGAGCAACAAGGAGAUGCAGAUUGGAAGCAAUGGUUCCCAACGUUCCAGAAGAAAAUUGAAGACCAGAAGAGUAAUGUUUGAUUGAAAUCAUGAUUUUAUGUUGUCCUGCCAGAGAAGUUAGUUUCUCUCAUGCUGACUGACCAUGCUUUUGGUUGAUCCAAGAAAAGAGAACUGAAAAAACUAUCCACUUGCUGCUAGCUUCUGUUUAUGCGGAAUUGCAAUGCCCAGCAAAAUUUGGCAUCAUCGCUGUCAUGUAGAGAUGCUGUUUUACAUCUUCAAUGGAAAAGCAAAGAUUCCUCA